CUACUCGGCAGAGUACUGAUAAACAAGAUGGAUUCGGGAGGAAGACAGCGAGGUAUUCCUAAAUUACGGGACAUUUUACGAAGACAGAGACGAGAAUCAGAGGGUCAAGUAGACACACCAGACAUCGACUUUGAAUAUGGCGACACAGAUCAACCAGCCUCAGAAAUUUCUGAGUUGUAUAGCUACACAGAAGAAUACGAUUUUCAGAUCAACAGAGAUACAUUUGAAUUUGAUUAUUACCAAACAGUGGCAGAAAAGUGGGUGGAUAGUAAACCCAGUGAAAGGAAAGCCUAUUUGUGUAAGAUAUUGGAUAAUGUGGAAUCCGUGCAUCCUAAUACCAGAACAGAUGCAGCAAGGAUUCUUCUCUACAUUGUACAAGGAAAUUUUGCUGAARUCAGAAGUGAAGAAGAACAAAUAUCAUGGUCAAACCACAAUGUCAUACUCCUUUACAAGUUGGAAGCCUUUACUAUUGUAACUCAGCUUUUACAAAUGGAAAUAGAGAAUUCCCAUGCUGCCACAGCUGCACUCCAGAAGCCUUCAAUAUCAAUAGCGGAUAGUACUAACUUGAGGGUCUAUAUCAAUAUAUUGUAUACCAUGAUUGAAAGAAUGAGAAUACCACAUGAAUCCGAUACUGAUGAAAUCAAGGGCAUUAAACAGACAUUUCAAAAGGAACUAAAUCAACCUAUUGUAGAUAAAGACCCACUGGCUAUCAUCCUCUUUGAAAUGGUUCUGAAGUUUUGUUCUGGCAAUGCUCCUCAUUUUCCUAUCAAGAAAGUAUUACUGACACUGUGGAAGACAGUCUUGACUUGCUUGGGUGGACUUAAAGAACUAGAAAGUCUGAAAAGACAGAAAAGAAUUGAGGCAGGCCUUCCUCCUUCAUAUACUGAGCAGUGCCCACCCAUUUCAUUGAAUGUUCCUCAUCAUCGGAUACCCAUCCCACAGACCCCACCCCCCACAGUGGAAAAUGAAGGAAGCGAUAGCAGUGAAAGUGAUAACACAGCAAGAAAUGAAAAAUUUAAAGAAGAUAUCUGGCCAAGGCCAACUCCUAAAGUUAGGAUACUGGACAUAGAUAAUUACCUUGACAGCACAAGAUCAAAGUUUGUUGGAUUCCAAUUACAAAGUGACCGAUCCACCAUUGCUGGUCUACCCCAGCCAAUCCACGAGGGACUCAAUGUUCUUAAAAAGCAUCUCUAUACAUCGUUGUCUGAAUUGCAAGUGAAAGAAGAAGACGAAGCAGAGGAUAGACCCUUUACGAAGAGAACAAAGAAGUGCUCCAACGAUGCUACAGAGCAAAUGUACAUCGCGAUGCUUCCAAACCUUCCACAGUACAUGAUCGCUCUGUUAAAGAUUCUUUUAGCUGCUGCACCUACAGCUAAGGCCAAAACUGAAUCCAUCAACAUUCUUGUAGAUGUCUUACCAGAAGAUAUGCCAUCAACUGUUCUUCAUUCCAUGCGCCUUGGAAUCGAUGUUAAUCGACAUAAGGAAAUUAUCGUCAAGGCUGUUUCUGGUCUUCUUUUCGUUUUACUCAAGCAUUUCAAACUGAACCAUGUGUACCAGUUUGAAUACAUGGCACAACACUUGGUGUUCGCCAACUGUAUCCCUCUCAUACUCAAAAUCCUCAACCAAAACAUAUUGGCUUUCAUAACAGCAAAGAACGCUAUUCCGCAGUUAGACUUUCCAUGUUGUGUUUUGGGACCACCAUCUGAACUAACAGCUGAAAGUCUGGAGAGUGCUGAUCUUGAAGGAUGCUGCUGGCGCAACUUGUUUUCUUGUAUCAACUUGGUUCGUAUUCUGCAGAAGUUGACCAAGUGGAAACACUCUAGGACUAUGAUGCUGGUCGUCUUCAAAUCUGCCCCAAUCCUUAAGAGAGCCUUGAAGGCUAAGCAUGAGAUGCUCCAGCUCUACGUUUUGAAGCUUUUGAAGGCACAGACCAAGUAUUUGGGUCGCAAUUGGCGCAAGAGCAACAUGAAAACAAUAUCAGCUAUUUACACGAAAGUGCGUCAUAGACUGAACGAUGACUGGGCUUUCGGAAAUGAUGUAGAUGCCAGACCCUGGGAUUUUCAAGCUGAAGAAUGUUCUCUUAGAGCAGCUGUAGACAGAUUCAACAAUCGUCACUAUGGACAAGAAUUCCAGGAAAACCCUGUCGAGGAUGAUGACUUCAAACCUGUGGAUAAUGAUACUCUAAGUGUACUUGGACAGAAAAUCGAACUGGGUGAUGACUUUAAGGAUAACUAUGAAAGAUGGCUUGAAAGGGAGGUGUUCUCUGUAGACAUUGAUUGGGAUCAGUUGUGUACAUGUAAGAAUUAACAAUAUCUAGAUCACAUUAUGUAUUGCUUUUGGUCCAGAUUUUUUUUUAAAGGACUACCAUUUCAAUUCUGAUACCAUGACAUCAUUGGUGUGGAAGUAAAAGAAGGGUAGGCAAUGAGAAAAAGGUUCUUUCGUCUGCUUUGUCUGUAUGCGUUUAUUACUCUUUCCUAUUAGUAGGGCAUCCACCCUAUCUUGAAUUCAUAACAAUGGAGUUGGAGAUAAAAAGGCAAAACAAAUCUGUGUUAACAAUUUGCCACUAAAAGAUUUUAUUAUUCUAAUACACACUUUGUUGUAGAAAUUAUUACACCUUCAUUAUUACACCUCAAAGCAAAAUUAUUUAAAGAGCUUUAUAACAUAUUGGAAUUAGUCCUCGUGAGUGUAAAGCUCAAUUAUUCCUUUAAAUUCCCAUUCUGGACAAAGAACUCAACAUCAACAUAAACUGUAAAGUUUAAAGGUUGAGGUUGAGGUUAAUACUAAGGCGUAACUACAGGAGUUACUAUUAUAAAGUGUGACACAGAGGAAGAAUUGGUACUCUAGCUUGAACAGGGUUAACAAGAUACAUGUAGCUGUUCGUGUACAGUGUAGCUUCCUCUUCAAGUAUGUGUAAAUUGUUUUUCUCUCCACUUCUUUGGCAAAGAUUUGAAGAGGGAGGGGGUGUGGGUCUUCUUCACAUAGAAACAGGUAGCCCACAAAUUUA